CGGGGGGCAGAGCGCUCGAGGGCCGUGGGGCGUGAGGAGGGGAGGAGGAGGAGGAGGAGGGAGGAAGAAGGCGGCGUUAGACAAUACCAUUCCUCCAACACAACCCGUCCCUCCUUCCCGUCCGUGGAGUGAGCCUUUAUUAGCACGGACCGCUCAGAUCCGAUCUCGCAUAUGGAUGGAGGAAGAGGAGAAGGAUUUACCCGUGAAGCUGCCUUCAGAAUCCGACACCCAACCCGCCCCCACCACCCCAUCAUCCUCAUCCACAGGCGGAUGGACGCACUUUCUCCGCUGUCUCCCCAUCUUUUGUGUCUCCCGGAUCACGCAGCCUGACUGAUCCUCUUCCUCUAUCUCUAUAAUCUUCAUCAUUUUUAGGCGCCUCGGCUGAGCUGACCAGGGUUCAACAGCACAGGAGAGUGGCAGGGGGCGGGGGGGUGGGGGAUCUGAUAUUUGGCACACUUUGGCCCCCCUGCUGAGAUGUUGCAAGCAAUAAAGUGAAGGAGCAACAAUUUAUUUUUAUUUUUUCAUGCCUUUUUGGCUUUUUGGAGUUGAUCUGGAGUUAAGGCUUUGCUCAAGAGCACUUCUACAUUUCACUGCGAGGAAAACCUGCAACACCUGUCAAGGUUCUGGAAAAAGGGCCAACUCCAAAGCCUGAAGAUGAUGCUGAGUCCGGAUCAGACCGAAACGGACCUCUCCUGGACUCAGUCCGACCCGGAGGCGAUGCUGAACGGCCUGAAAGCGGCCGGCUGCGCCUCGGACGAGCCCGCGGAGGGCGAGGACAGGGCCAAGUGCAGAGCCGAGCAGCCGCUGAGCCGCGAGGAGAAGCGGCGGCGGCGGAGGGCCACGGCCAAGUACCGCUCCGCGCACGCCACCAGGGAGCGCAUCCGCGUGGAGGCGUUCAACGUGGCCUUCGCGGAGCUGCGGAAAUUACUGCCCACCCUGCCUCCGGACAAGAAGCUCUCCAAGAUCGAGAUCCUCAGACUGGCCAUUUGCUACAUCUCUUAUCUCAAUCACGUGCUGGACGUCUAGAAGCGCGAGGCUUUCUUUGGACGCGCGCGCGCCUAGUUGUGUGUGGUUUUGAUUUUUUGCGCACACAAGAUUCGCUCCUCUUUUAAGUUACUGUUUUAAAACGUGAACGGAUGAGUCAUUUUACAGUCUAAAAUAAAAUCUCCUAAAAGAGUUUCUUUUAAGAAGCCCUGUGAAAGCGUCAAGAAAAUGUAAGGCCAAAAGCACAAAAACACACCUGUAACGCCUGCGCACGUGACGCAUUUUCACCUGAUUUGGGCACAAAAAAAACCAACAAAUCUUUCUUAUCUCCGAGCCCUCCAGAGGAGUCAAGCUGAAAACUUCCUAAUAUCCUGUUUUUCUCUGCGAUGCAAGAAUAAAGAAAUCAAAGCAGUAUUUUUUUAGACGCAUCAACUCAAAUGUUCAGUUUCUACAAACAGAGGAGCGUGGUUUUAUUGAUUUAUUUAUUUAUUUAUUUUUUACUAAAAAAAAAGUUAAAUUAAAUAGCUGCUUUAGAUAUAGUUUAGAUUUUGUUUUCUUUUGAUAAAGAAAAAAAAUGCAGGAGGAAAUUAAAAAAAAAAGUAAAGAUCUACUGCUGUAAGUGCCACUUAUGACAUGAAAAAUUGUGACCUUAAUUUUUUUUAUUGUAAUAAAUUAUUUAUUUAAUUGUGUUAAAUAUUUACUGCUAAUUUAUUGCUGGAGCCCCCCCCCCCUUUUUUUAUUUAAAAAAAAUUUUUUUUUGUAUAAAUGUAUAUGGAUUGUUGCUUCUAUAUUUUAGGCUGUGAAAUUGGAAAGUGAUGGUGUUUUAGUUUUAUUUUUAAAAAAAAGCACUUUCUGUUAGAUCCAUAUUUAUUUGUUGUUUGCUUGUUCUUAUUUUUCUAAUGUUUACUGUUGACUGAUGGCAACAAAAGCACUUCGAGGUUGGGGUCAAGUGGCCUCAGUAAUGUUUGCUUCUCUAAAAGGUUUUCAGUUGAAAAAAAAAGAAUUACAAAACAAAACUCCAUUGGCAGUUUAAUUAUUUAUAAAUUCCUUUUGUUGUUGAUUUUUUUUUUUGCUAUGACCAAAAAAAGUCAAAAUUCUCCUUUGGUGUAUCUGUCAUUUUAGAAAACGCUUUUUUAUUUUGUGUUUGUAUCUCGAAGGUCCAAUAAUUUUCUAGUGAAAUGGAAGAAAAAAAAGGAAAGCAUAUCCUCUAUCCAAAGAUUUUGUCGUCUUUUCAGGGUUGUGUAGGCUAAACUUGUUGCUUUAUGCAGAUCUUUGUAGUAGAGUGUCUGUGUGACCGCUGGUUUCUAAUGGACAGAACUUUUUUCAUAUUUUUUCUGUGUUUAUUUUUAAUUAAAAAGCAAAUACCUAAAAGGA